UGCCUAAAGAACUUCCUCCUCUCAAAACUGUUCCCAAAAUCUCUCUCCCCCUCUCUCUCUCUCUCUCUCUCUGAGCUCUUUAUCUCAUGUUGCAAGAAAGAAGUAAAAUUUCCUUCUUUUCCCAAUUGGGUUCCAACAUUUUAUCCUAUUCUAUUGUAGACAAUAAUUUGCUAAUUAUUCAGUAUUUCUCAUCUUCUACCUCCAACCUUGAUCUCAAACAUGGAGAAUUCAGGUCGGGUAAUAGUGACCAUAGGGACUGUGUCAGGCCCUUUCUUCAAAGAAAGCAUGGUUUGCCAGUACAAAGACAUGAUCAGGCCCACCCGUGGUAUUUUUCUAGGAGACAAUCCUUUCGAUUUUACCUUUCCUAUUCUUCUUCUUCAAAUUUCAUUAAUCUUUCUCACCACCAGAUUCAUUUAUCUUUUCUUGAAACCUCUUCGACAAAGUAUUCUCACUGCAGAAGUUUUGGCUGGAAUACUUUUAGGUCCUUCAUUUCUAUGGCAUUAUUGUCCAGCUCUAGUGAGAAUAUUUCCACCAGGAGGCAGGAUAAUUCUUAACAUAAUUGCACAGAUGGGUCUGAUCCUUCAUAUAUUUAUACUAUCAUUACAGAUGAAUACCAACAUAAUAAAGCAUGCAGGUGCUAGUGAAGCUCUAAUUGGUAUAACUGGUUUUCUGUUGCCUGCAAUAAUUGGCUGGUUAACAUUCAAAACCUUUAUGCAGAUAAACGGCGUAGAUGAGCGAGUAACUCGUAGCGUUCUUAUGAUAAUUAUGCUUCACUCUUUGAGUUCUUUCCCUGUUAUCAAUAGUCUUCUUAUUGAUCUAAAAAUCCUCAACUCGGAUCUUGGUCGUUUUGCUUCUAAGAUAUGCAUGAUAAAUGAUAUAAGUUGCUUUGUUGUGAGCGAACUUGCAUCCACAGGGUCUACUUUUGCUCGUGAAUCCUUUGAGAUGGCAUUAAGCUAUAUGAUAUGUGUUUCUAUGUUUCUCCUUGCAGUCGUGUUUAUUCUUCGACCAUUUAUAAUAUGGAUGACAAGAUUCGACGAACAAGGACAAACCAUGGAUGAAAUUCACUUCUUUCUAAUCUUAACUUCAGUUCUAAUUUGUUCUCUUUUAUCUGAGAUUCUUGGCCAGAAUUUUCUCUUUGGACCACUUCUUUUGGGCUUGAUUUUGCCGGAUGGACCUCCAUUAAGUACAGAAAUGGAACAUAAGCUCCAAGCAGUUACUAAUGGAUUGUUGCUUCCUUGUUUUUGUGCCUUUAGUGGUUUGAACGUGAACAUAUUUGCAAGUGAAACUGAAGACUUUCAUGGGAUGUUCAAAAUCAUUGUGGUUGUGACCUACAUAGCCAAGUUCAUAGGCGUCAUACUUCCAGCUCUUUGUUGUGGUGUGACCUUUUCUGAUGCCUUGUGUCUUGGUUUGAUCAUGUGCUGCAAAGGCAUUAUUGAGGUUGCUAUGUAUGUCAAGUUGGUGGAUUCCAAGGUACUGGACGUCCAUUCCUUUAACUUUCUGCUUGUCUCAUUGCUGAUUGUGACUGGAUUUGCUAGACCUAUUGUUUCUUAUCUGUAUGAUCCAUCUAAGAGGUACAAAACAGUAAGUAGAAGGACCAUUCAAGGCUCAAACUACCACUUGCAGCUAAGAGUAUUAGUUUGUAUUUACAACGAAGAAAAUGUUCCUAUGAUCAUCAACCUCCUUAAAGCUUGUAAUCCUACCAGAUACAAUUGUAUUACUGUCUUUGUCUUGCAACUCAUGAAGCUUAGUGGUCGAGCAUCAGCAAUACUCAUGCCUCAUCACCAAUUAGACAACCUCAAUUUAACUGCAGGAUACAAUUCAUUGCACAUUGUUAAUGCCUUCGAGCGUCUCGAACAGGAAUAUACGGGGAGUGUUUUAGUGCAACACUUCACUGCUAUAUCACCAUACAAAAGCAUGCAUACUGAUAUAUGCACAGUUGCGUCAGAUAAAAGGACAACUAUAAUAAUUUUACCCUUUCAUAAGAGAUGGGGUAUUGAUGGAAGAAUAGGAUCGGUUAAUUCCUCUAUUAGGCGUGUCAAUAAGCAUGUAAUGGAAUGGGCUCCUUGUUCUGUUGGAUUGUUCAUCGAUCGAGGAGAAAUGGGUAUAAACCAAACUGUACUAACAAGCUAUUCAUUGUAUCAGAUAGCGAUGCUGUUCUUCGGUGGGGAUGAUGAUUGUGAAGCAAUUGCUCUUAGUAUACGAAUGGCCGGGCAUCACCAAGUGAAAGUUACAGUGAUUUUGUUCAAACACGAAGAUUAUAGUUACGACGAAAAGGAAAAAGACAUAGAGUAUUUGCUAGAAAAUUUUGCUGAUAUAGAGUGCAGGGAAAGGAUACAUUUUGAGAAGGUGAUGGUGAGACAUGGUGAAGAUACAGCAAAAGUUAUGCGUUCUUUACGAGAUGCUUUUGAUUUAGCAAUAGUUGGAAGACAUAGUGAUCCUCAUUCUCCAAUUAUAAUGGGAUUAACAGAAUGGAAUGAGGAUCCUGCUCAUCUUGGUGUCAUAGGAGACAUUUUAUCUUCUUCAGAUUUCAGAUUUUCAGUAUUGGUGGUAGUUCAACAACCAUUAAAAAGUGAAUUCAAGUUAAGUAGUAGUAGCAAAUCCUUAGAUUCAAAGGUGUCCUCUAACUUCUCUAAAGAAGAUGAAUAGGAACCCAUGAAUAAAAAAUAGUUUUUUCUUUUUUUUUUCUCUCCCUUUUUUAGAACUGUAUUUGAUUAGAAUCUAGCUACAAUAAUUAAUUAAACAAUUCUAUAUGGAAUUCAAUAGUUUAAUACAAAGAUCGAUGCU